AUGUCUGUUCGUGUGCGUUUUGUGCUCAGCGGCGCCUGCCACCCAUCAUAUUCUGGGCGGCAGAUGCAGUUGGAGGUGCCGCUCGUGCAGCCGAAUGGAAAUCCAACAACAACUGCGGAUAUUAAAGAGAUGAUCCGCAAUAAUUGGCCUAGUGAUCUGCCGGAGAUGCGCGAUAGCAUCAACACCACCGAUAUGAAGAUUCUCCGAACAGGCAAUCUUCUCGCAGACAACACGCAGCUGCAGAAUAUUCUUUCUCCUGCAGAGACGCACGACUGCAGCGUCUCCUCAGCGGCCCCACGAGACGGGGAGGAACCAAAGUCUGUGCUCAUGCACUUAGUAUUUCAGAAGAACCGGACGACAACAAAACGUGAAAAAGACAACAACAAAUCAUCUACAGGGAAAAAGAAGGAUAGUGGUCCUAGCGAUAGCAGCUGUUGUUCACUCAUGUAG